AUGAUUCUUGGCCCUGGGAUCGCCUUGCUCCUCAUGCCACCCACAGAGGUUGUUUUUGUGAUGCUCAGCAUCGCACUCGUUUUGGGGCUUGUUGGAGCGGCUGGCUUCAUGGUGGCAAACCUGCUUUCAUCUGCCAUAGCCAUUUGGGCUCUUGUCCGAUUGGUGCGUGACUUGAACCAGGCACGCAUGCUGCAAAACACACCUUGCGACGUGAAGGAACGCUUGGAAGAGGUCUGGCGAAGCAACCGACGGCAGACUAUCGCAGUGGCCUUUAGUUUGUUUCUCUCAGUGGGUUUGUCACCAGCAGUGUUGUGGCAGCUGCAUGUCACCUUCAGUUCAAAUAUGAAAGAUGUCGAGUAUCCGGCGGAGCACUUGACCUCAGUCCUGGUCGGCGUCUCAGUCCAGGUCCUGGAUGUCCUAGGCAAUGCACUGGCUGUCAUCUUGCUUUCAGGCACUCACCGUGUGAUAGAAUCUGACAGCAUGUGCAACUGCCCCACAAGUAGCUGUUGCUUCAAGCGACAGGGUGAAUGGGAUAGGGCCUGGAAGGAGAAGGUGGAGGAAUUGUCAAUGCGGGGCAUAACACUAAAUAGCUUGCUGAAGUUCUAUGAAGAGGAUCUUCUCCUCUUUGACGGAUGGCAAUACGCGCCAGGAAAACACAGGACACGAGACGUGGUCCGUCGGGUCAUCAUUCCUGUUACUGCCGGAGAGCUGGAGCCCUGUUCUUAUGCAACCUCUAGCUACAACCGGGACAAAGCGCAAAGAGCACAGAUCAUGGUGACGCACAACUGGGACAAUCUCUUCAAGGACCUUCUGGCAGCAAUCGUGGCCAAUGCACUGCAAGAGUGCAGUUUCCAGGUAGCAGCCAGGAUGUUGAUGGAAGACGUGCCGCUCCUUCGUAACAUUUUGGAGAAGAAUGGCCGCUUGAGGGAUGUCUAUUGGGUGUGUGCGUUCUCCGUAAAUCAACAUGUUUCGAUUUGUCAUACAAAUAAGUGGGACAAGGAUCCCAUCUCGAAGUGGUUGCAUCCAACUUGCAAUUGCUCGUGCUCCAACAUUGAAGACCCAGAUGGGCAACAUCCGGAGUCUGAAAUGAACAAGUUUGAUGAUAUGAUGAGGCACCUGGCAAGCACACCAGGAGGCUGUAAGCACUUGAUUGCGGUGGAUCGAUCUAUGAAUCUUUUUAAGCGAGCGUGGUGCAUUGCGGAGAUUGCUGAAGCAAAGCGGCUCGGCAUGCGCCAGAGCCUCAAGCUUGUGUCCAAGGAGAUAUUGCUACAACGCCAACCGAGCCUCUUGAAGUCCUGGGAGCGCUCCGACAAUUUUGAGCGUAUGGGCGAGGCUGGCCGCCUCUUGCGCUGGAGCUUGGCAGAUCACGGAACUGGCCAGGCGGCGGCUACUAUGGCGGCAGCGGUCUGUGUGGUGACCUCGCGCGCGGCCUACGCCUCAGCGGGCGCCUUUGGUGCUGUGGUGCUGCUGAGCGCUGGCAGCCGGCGGCGCUAUGGAGUCUACAACGACCCCGACGACUCCUCGAAGUGUUUGUUACUGUCUGAGGAGGAGAUGCAGAGCGCUUGCACAAACCUCAUAGGUGUCGAGACGCAAUGCCACGACUGCAUCGCCUGCGAAACCGAGGAUUGCAUGAACUCAAUCACUAAUUGUGACGAGUUCUUGGCAACGGUAUUUUCAGAGUGCUGCAUUGAGAACUGCGAAGAGGACGACGCGAUAGGGAUCAUCAUCGCAUCUGUGUUCACUAUUUGUAUCUGUUGUGGAAUCGGCGGCUGUAUGUGGAUGAGAAUCAAGCAAUCCAUCAGCGCAAACGAGGGCAGUGCCAUGGACAACAACUCUAUGUCCGGGCCUGGUGGCUUCCCAAACCCACAAGGUGCCUACCAGACCGGCUCGGUUGUACAGGGCACGGUGGUGCAGGGCCAAGUCAUUGGCAUAGGAGGCGACUGCGAAUGCGACAGCGUUCCACCUUCCAAUCUGCUUUGCGUCAGUCGAGACACGCUUGUCAUUUUCUAUGGCCGUGCAGCUUUCACGGCCAAGACGCUAGAAGGCUUUGUCGAACAGUACUUGCUGAGAUACCUUGGUGACUACAUCUUUGGUGUUGAUAAGCAGAACUUGUCUGUGACCACAUGGCGUGGGGAGAUCCAUUUGCGGAGUGCACGCUUGAAACAGGAGGUCGUGGAACUGCUGAACCUCCCUUUCCAACUCAUUGUGGGCGAGGCCGCCGACCUGAAGAUCAACGUCCCGUGGAACCGUCUUGGCAGUCGACCGGUGGUGGUGGAGCUCACAGGCCUCCGUGUCUUGCUGGGCCCGAAGCCCGCCACUGAAUGGUCUAACGAGGAGGAGCUCCGCCGUGUGCAGUUGGCCAGGCAGAGGCUUGUGGACCGGGCUGAUCUUCUUGGACCCGAUGAUCGAAAGGAAGGUUAUCUUGGUCGACUGAUCACGCGCAUCAGUGACAACCUUGAGCUGCAACUGCGUGACUUGCACAUUCGCUUUCAGGACGAUUCCCCAGCGGCCGGGGGUCCGCCGGUCUCGGGUGGUUUGCAUUUGGCCUCCCUGGAGGUGCAGAGUACAGGCUCUAACUGGCAGCCCAGCUUCAUCGAGCGCUCCGAUCGCAGCGAGCUCUUUAAGCUGCUGAGACUCAGGGACUUGAGUUGCUACCACGAGCCGCCAGGUUGGGCACGCCGCAUUGAUCCUCGAGAGUGGACUGAUGAGGACUUCCGACGAUGCUUUGAUCGGCCAGAGGCAGUGCAGCUGGCUCAGGGGCGCAUCAUCUACCUCCUCCCGCCGUGCAGCGCACACCUGAAGCUCACUCAGGCCUUGGCUUCCUCGCCACGCUUCGACCUGAAGUGCGAGCUGGAGCCCAUCAAGGUGCUUGUGUCGGCUGCAGGCUAUCGAGGCCUUUGCGGCAUCAUGUCGCUGGUCUCUGAAUACUUUGCGUUUCAGGAGGUAACAAGGCAUUGGAUCCAGAGCUAUUGGCCGCACCGGCCACUUGUGCACGUGCACGGCAACAGCAUCCUGUGGUGGCGCUACGCCCUUCGGUGUAUCCGUGCUGCGGCCGCCAAUGUGCGCGCACAGGGCGCUAAGGUCACCUUUGCCUCGCUGGUGAGUGAGGAGAACCUCUCUCGACUUCGCUUGCAGGAGAAACCUCUCGACUCGCUUUGA